UUUCACUCUCCCUCCCACGACUCUACCACCAUCACAACCACAACCACCACAAAAAUAUGUCCAACCCACGACCACAUCCCAAUCAAAGAAAGGAAAAACGCCCCCCACUCACCCACUUCCUCUGCCUCCCCCUCAUCAACGCCACCUCCCUCCCCCAACUCGAAUCCUCCCUCGCAACAUUUAAAGCCUCGGUCCCAACUCUCCAACCUCAACACCAACAUGAACAUGGACAUGAACACCACCAACAUGCACGUCAACCCCAACCACUCAUCCCCCCUUCCGCCCACCGCCCAGUCGGCACCCUCCACCUCACCCUCGGCGUAAUGAGCCUCCCCACCCCAGACCGUCUCUCCCAAGCAAUCCGCUUCCUGCACUCCCUCGACCUAGAAGCCAUGCUUCGCGAGACCCAAUCCUCCUCACCACAAACACUACCAUCAGACCCAACCCCACCCGCCUCUCCAUUCCUCAUAUCCCUCGAAUCCCUACACGCCAUUCCCCGCGCAAAAGCAGCGACCGUUCUGCAUGCCGCGCCCGUGGACCCCACGAACCGUCUGUAUCCGUUUUGUGUGAAGUUGAGGGAUAGAUUUCUCGAGGAGGGGUUUUUGGUGGGGGAUAAGCCUGCGGAGAAGCCUGCGGAGGUGGCGGUGGAUGUAGGUGGUGGUGGUGAGGAGCAGCAGGGGCAGGUGGAUUUGACUGCUGGGGAUAGUGCGGAGAUGGCGCCUGUACCUGUCGGGUCUAAGCCCAAGGUACGGCCGUUGUUGCUGCAUGCUACGAUUGUGAAUACUAUCUAUGCGAAAGGGAAAGGUGGUGAUCAUGGUGGGAGAGGAGGUAGAGGUGGUGAUGGCAGGGGUGAUAAGAGGAAGAGGCAGUAUACGUUCGAUGCGAGGGAGAUUCUUGCUAGGUAUCGUGAUUAUAACCCGCCUGGGGAGGGUUUGGAGAGUACUGGGACUGUGACUGGUCCUAGUAUGGGGGCCAUUGAGAAUGAGGGCUCUGGGUCAGGGUCAGGCUCAGAGGGUGAGAGUGGUCUUUCCAAACGGAAAGGCACGCCCUUCGUCUGGGCAAGGGAUUUCCCUAUCGAGUCGGUAUGUAUCUGCGAGAUGGGGGCGAAGAAACUCGUGCCUGAUCUGAAUGGUAAGGACGAGGGCAUGAAUGCGCGACUAGGGGAGAAGUAUCGCGUCGUAGCGGAGAAGAGUCUGCUGUUCGGUUCGUGA